AUGGGGGGAAUCACAGAGCGUGACGGGCCUCCCUCGGGUGCCGACGAGUUUUUGAAACUCAUCUCAGACCCAUUUUCUUCCGGAAUCAGAUAUGACGCUUUUUGGGCCUCACUGGGCACGUCUAUUGGUAUAACGGUCGGCCUGGCUCUUCUCUUCUCUUUGGUCCGCCCUCGAAACUCCGUGGUAUACGCUCCCAAGUUGAAACAUGCAGACAAAGCUCAUGCACCACCGCCGCUGGGCAAAGGAAUCUUCGCCUGGAUAACGCCCAUAAUCAAACUCAAGGAAGAUGAACUUGUUGAUCGCAUAGGCAUGGAUGCGACUGUGUUUCUGCGCUUCACAAGAAUGUGUAGGAACAUUUUCUUAACAUUGAGCGUGGUAGGAUGUCUCAUCAUGAUCCCGGUAAACGUCGCUCUCAACGACAAAAAGUCCACCAAAGGUCAGUCGCUAUUUGACCUUAUGACGCCAAGAUGGAUUUGGGGGAAACCGCUCUGGGCAAACGUUGCUUGUGCCUGGGCGUUUAACGCCAUCAUCAUAUACUUUCUUUGGCAUAAUUAUCGUGCCAUUCACAGGCUAAGGAAACGUUAUUUCCUGAGCCAGGAAUAUCAGAGGAGCUUGCACGCGAGGACUGUGAUGAUCACCCACAUUCCAACAUCUUAUCGAACCGAUGAAGGCUUGCUGCGUCUGACUGAUGAGGUCAACCCUACCGCCAGUAUACCCAGGGCUUCCAUCGGCCGAAACAUGAGGGAGCUGCCGGAACUGAUCAAGGAGCACGAUACUGUGGUCAGGGAGCUGGAGAAGGUUCUGGCAAAAUAUUUCAAAGACCCCGAUCAUCUCCCGCCAGACCGCCCGCUUUGCAAGCCCUCGAAGAAGGAUCGGAGUGGACGAUCUCCAUCUGAGCGGGUAGAUGCAAUUGAUUAUCUUACCGAUAGAGUUCGGGAACUGGAAUUGGAAAUCAGACACGUUCGGGAAUCCAUCGAUAAACGAAACGCCAUGCCCUAUGGGUUUGCUAGCUGGGAUACCAUCGAGGAUGCCCACGCCGUAGCUUUUGCGGCUCGGAACAAGCAUCCGCAUGGUACUACUAUCAGACAAGCGCCACGGCCCAACGACAUUAUCUGGGAUAACCUCGCGUUAACAAAGGCCAACCUAAGGUGGAAACGGUUUAUCAAUGUCGUUUGGUCCACCAUCCUAACAGUUAUUUGGAUCGCGCCUAAUGCUAUGAUCGCUAUCUUUUUGACCAAUUUAACCAACCUCGGAAAGGUAUGGCCCGCAUUUCAGACAUCAUUAAACGGAAACCCCAAGACCUGGGCCGCUGUCCAAGGUAUCGCCUCACCAGCUAUAUUGUCGUUGGUGUAUGUUGUACUUCCAAUUAUAUUCCGACGACUCGCAACUCAAGCUGGAAAGAAGACCAAGACGGCUCGCGAGAGACAUGUUAUUCAUAGUCUCUAUGCCUUUUUCGUAUUCAACAACUUGGUGGUCUUCUCUUUGUUCUCUACCGUUUGGCAAUUGGUGGCUGUAAUCAUCAAAGCAAAGGAGGAUGGCAAGGACGCCUGGAAGGUGCUUCAAGUGGGGGGCUACUUUCAAAAUUUUGUCGUUGCUCUUAUCCAGGUCGCUCCGUUCUGGGUCAAUUGGCUGUUACAAAGGAAUCUGGGUGCCGCCAUCGACCUAAUCCAGAUGAUCAACAUGGUUUGGAUCUUCUUUGCAAGAAAAUUCCUUAGCCCAACACCUCGCAGGUCGAUCGAAUGGACUGCUCCUCCUCCAUUUGACUAUGCAAGCUAUUACAACUACUUCCUAUUCUACGUCACCACCGCACUCUGCUUCUCUACCUUGCAGCCUAUUGUCCUCCCGGUGACAGCGUUGUUCUUUGGUGUUGAUACAUGGCUCAAGAAGUACCUUCUUCUAUAUAUUUUCGUCACCAAAACGGAAUCUGGAGGUUGCUACUGGAGACUUAUCUUCAACCGCGUGGUCUUUGCUGUCAUCCUCUCCAAUUUCGUCACUGGACUUAUGGUUACGGCCCGGGGGACAUGGACUAUGGUCUUUUGCUUGGUUCCGCUUCCACUUCUCAUGUUAGGCUUCAAAUGGUACUGUCGAGCCACCUUCGACAACGAAAUGCAAUACUAUAACCGCGCUUUGGUUACUGAUCCGGAGGCUAUGACUAGUAGUAAGUCUUCCAAGAAGAUGGCGGAGCGCCUGAGCUCCCGCUUCGGACACCCUGCCCUCUACAAACCGCUUACCACCCCAAUGGUCCAUGCGAAGGCUGCAGGAGCACUGGAGAAGAUCUUCCAGUCUCGUCAAGGCAUGGGCGCAGAGACCGGAGAAUAUUCCGAUAUCGCCAUGCAUAGAAUGUCAGCCACGCGACCUGGAAAAUCGGACGUCGCCCGGGACGCGCCGUUCGAAGUUGUUGCUGAAAACCAGCUUGACUUCUCCUACUUCAAAGACCGGCCGGACUUCCGCGAUGAAUUUGGUGGUGGUAUCUACGGACGACCAGACGAUGUGUUUACCGAGAGAUCCCAUACCCCUAAGAGUUUCCUUAUUGGUGCAGGGGGCUCACCUAGCUCCUCACGGGCAUCAUCUCCUACCCCAUCCACUUACAGUCAACAGCAAGCGCGUGGUGUAACUUUCCAAGGGCCUCACGGCAGAUUCCCGCAGCUUGCUGAUCACCCUGCAUUUCAGCCUAAUGACACUGACGAACCUACGUUCUACACGGCUCCUAAUGAAAGUGAGCGAGGGCUAUUGAGCCAUGCCCAAACCACUCCACUAAGACAUGACGGCGAUAUUGGGUCGAUGGAUCGAUGGCACUCGCAUUCAUCGGAGUUCCGAGAUGAGAGUCCAGCAUCUCACUUUGAGCCAUAUAGGGGCCACCGUUGA